GCGUCUCCUGUUAGCAGGAGAGAGAGGAAGAGGGAGGAAGCCAAGGAAGGAAGGAAGGACGCAGCACGACUGCACCGACUGCGAGCCGAGCUGUCGAGUCCCCCGAUCAGAUCCCCUCUCGCCUUCUCAGAUCUCGCUGCCGAGGUUUGCUCCUCCCAGAUCCAGCUCGCGGGUGGGUGAGCUCUUGCGGCGCUCCGGAGCAAAGAGGUCCUGCCGUCAGCGUGAUUCGGUCGGUUUUCGUUGGCCGGGAAGCUGUUUCUUUCGGUUCUGCUUGCUUCUUUUUGUUGAGCGACGAGCGGCGGCGGAGAUGGGGGUGGGCGGGGAGAAGUUCCAGCUGGGGACGGUGGGGGCGCUCAGCCUCUCCGUGGUGUCCUCGGUCUCCAUUGUCAUCUGCAACAAGGCCCUCAUGAGCUCCCUCGGCUUCAUCUUUGCCACCACGUUGACAAGUUGGCAUCUUCUGGUCACAUUUUGUUCACUCCAUGUGGCAUUAUGUAUGAAGCUGUUUGAGCACAAACCUUUUGAUGCAAGGACUGUUAUGGGAUUUGGAGUGCUCAAUGGCAUCUCAAUUGGGCUUCUGAAUCUGAGUCUCGGUUUCAAUUCCGUUGGUUUCUAUCAGAUGACAAAGCUGGCCAUUAUUCCCUGUACUGUUAUAUUGGAGACUCUUUUCUUCAGGAAAAAGUUUAGUCGCUACAUCCAGCUCUCCCUUAGCGUGCUCCUUUUUGGUGUUGGAGUUGCAACCGUGACUGACCUGCAACUCAAUGCUAUGGGAUCAAUACUGUCUUUGCUGGCAAUCGUCACAACCUGCAUUGCUCAAAUUAUGACUAAUACAAUUCAAAAGAAGUUCAAGGUAUCCUCAACCCAGCUACUGUACCAAUCAUGCCCAUACCAAGCAUUGACCCUCUUCGUUACCGGUCCAUUCCUUGAUGGUUUUUUAACCAACAAAAAUGUCUUUGCUUUUGAGUACACGCCUCAAGUUCUGUUUUUCAUCGUGCUGUCGUGCCUAAUAUCAGUCUCAGUAAACUUCAGCACUUUCCUUGUUAUUGGGAAGACAUCUCCUGUAACUUACCAAGUCCUGGGCCAUCUUAAGACAUGCUUGGUUCUCGCCUUUGGUUAUGUCUUGCUUCAUGAUCCAUUUAGCUGGAGAAACAUACUUGGAAUCCUAAUUGCAGUGAUUGGGAUGGGGCUAUAUUCGUACUUCUGCACCCGGGAAACUCAGCAAAAACCCACUGAUGCCUCUCCACAAGUCACUCAGGUGAAAGAAGGCGAAUCGGACCCUUUGAUCUCGGACUCCUUGAACAGCGCUGAGAACGGGGGUGCUGCAGCCGACGACGAGCCUCUGAAGGUACCCAUGUGGAGCUCCAAGUACUCGCGGGCAUGAAAGGCUGCUACAGUCAAUGUUAGUAUAUGGUAAUAUACAUAAUUAUUCAGCUUAGUAGGCAGAUAGUAGGGCUGGAAGGAAGUCAGCCCUGAGUGUAACAAACGUUCCUGUGCAAUUUUUGGGCCUUUUUUUCUUGUUUUUUUGUUUACCAUAUCUGUGGUGUUGUUGUUAAGACUUAAGAUGGAUCUCACUCUUCAGACAGAAAUGGCACUGUUGUUACAUCUACUCCAAAAUGUGGCGGAUCUACCUUGGAGCUAAGAAACACAGGAGUUCACUUGUAUUAUUAUUUCUUUUUUGCAUGUUCAGCGUCUGAUUCGCCGUUGUAACUUGGCAGCAAAGACAUGAUAUCAACAUGCAGUUUACAUUCUUUC